CCCCUCCAGCGGAAGCCGGAAGCCAGGAGCGGGCCUUGCUAGCCCCGAGACGCCCAACUCUGUGAUCUGGGAGGCUCCGCAGGAUGGGGGAGAAGAUGGCGGAAGAGGAGUUCCCCAAUACAACUCACGAAGGUUUCAAUGUCACCCUCCAUACUACCCUGGUUGUCACUAUGAAACUGGUGCUCCCGACCCCUGCCAAGCCCAUCCUCCCUGUACAGACAGGGGAGCAAGCUCAGCAGGAGGAACAGUCAAGUGGCAUGACCAUUUUCUUCACCCUCCUUGUCCUAGCUAUCUGCAUCAUAUUGGUGCAUUUACUGAUCCGAUACAGAUUACAUUUCUUGCCAGAGAGCGUUGCUGUUGUUUCUUUAGGUAUUCUCAUGGGAGCAGUUAUAAAAAUUAUAGAGUUUAAAAAACUGGCAAAUUGGAAGGAAGAAGAGAUGUUUCGUCCAAAUAUGUUUUUCCUCCUGUUGCUUCCGCCUAUCAUAUUUGAGUCAGGAUAUUCAUUACACAAGGGUAACUUCUUUCAAAAUAUUGGUUCCAUCACCUUGUUUGCUGUUUUCGGUACAGCAAUUUCCGCUUUUGUAGUAGGUGGAGGAAUUUAUUUUCUGGGCCAGGCUGAUGUAAUCUCUAAACUCAACAUGACAGACAGUUUUGCUUUUGGCUCCCUGAUUUCUGCUGUUGAUCCAGUGGCGACUAUUGCUAUUUUCAAUGCACUUCACGUGGACCCAGUGCUCAACAUGCUGGUUUUUGGAGAGAGUAUUCUCAACGAUGCCGUCUCCAUUGUCCUGACCAACACAGCUGAAGGUUUAACAAGAAAAAAUAUGUCAGAUGUCAGUGGGUGGCAAACAUUUUUACAAGCCCUUGGCUACUUCCUCAAAAUGUUCUUUGGCUCAGCCGCGCUCGGCACGCUCACUGGCUUAAUCUCGGCAUUAGUGCUAAAGCAUAUCGACUUGAGGAAAACGCCUUCCUUGGAGUUCGGCAUGAUGAUCAUUUUUGCUUAUCUUCCUUAUGGGCUCGCAGAAGGAAUCUCACUCUCUGGUAUCAUGGCCAUCCUGUUCUCAGGCAUCGUGAUGUCCCACUACACGCACCACAACCUGUCCCCGGUCACCCAGAUCCUCAUGCAGCAAACCCUCCGGACCGUGGCCUUCUUGUGCGAAACAUGUGUGUUUGCAUUUCUUGGCCUGUCCAUUUUUAGUUUCCCUCACAAGUUUGAAAUUUCCUUUGUCAUCUGGUGCAUAGUGCUCGUACUGUUUGGCAGAGCGGUGAACAUCUUCCCUCUUUCCUACCUCCUGAAUUUCUUCCGUGAUCAUAAAAUCACACCGAAGAUGAUGUUCAUCAUGUGGUUUAGUGGCCUGCGGGGCGCCAUCCCCUACGCCCUGAGCCUGCACCUGGACCUGGAGCCCAUGGAGAAGCGGCAGCUCAUUGGCACCACCACGAUCGUCAUCGUGCUGUUCACCAUCCUGCUGCUGGGCGGCAGCACCAUGCCCCUCAUCCGCCUCGUGGACAUCGAGGACGCCAAGGUGCACCGCCGGAACAAGAAGGACGUCAACCUCAGCAAGACGGAGAAGAUGGGCCACACGGUGGAGUCCGAGCACCUGUCCGAGCUCACGGAGGAGGAGUACGAAGCCCACUACAUCAGGCGGCAGGACCUCAAAGGCUUCCUGUGGCUGGACGCCAAGUACCUGAACCCCUUCUUCACACGACGGCUGACUCAGGAGGACCUCCACCACGGGCGCAUCCAGAUGAAAACCCUCACCAACAAGUGGUAUGAGGAGGUGCGCCAAGGCCCCUCUGGCUCUGAGGACGACGAGCAGGAGCUGCUGUGACUGGGCAGGGUGCUGCUGGGCCAGCGGGGCUGCCGCGCUGCCCUCGGCCUCCCCCGGGCUCCCAGGACGGACACCCAGCAAGGACCCCGGGAGGUGCAUGCGUUUGGCCGCCUCUUCAGGGAAGAUGAAAGCAGGGUGAAGCCAAGGCCUUCGGAGCCAGCUGGCUUCUUCUGAAACGUGUCAUCUCCCCACUCCUCACUGAGCCGGGCCUCUGCUCACGGUGGCUCCCUGCAGAUUGGAGGGGCCACCUGUCCAGGUAAAUGUUUCCUUUUGCUUCUGCAGCCAAGGCAAACAGUCAUCUGUCCAGCCGAGGUGCCUGAGAGGAGAAAACCUGCUGCUGUGACUGGGCGUCCUCGGGGGAGCUCUGGUUUGCAGUCUCCGCCAUUCCCAGCCACUGUCUUCAUCGCGACCCCUGAAGGGGCUGGGCGUCCGCAGGAGCCAGCUGCCGUUUUCCUUAUCGUCAAGGUGCCUCGGGUCUCAGCAGCAGCAAUUGUGACCCAAGUGGCAGGCCCGGGAAUCUUGAAAACCUUACACUCCCCUCUGUGACAUUGCUUGCACACCCUGAGAAAAACUGGGUGAACUUUUUCUUCUUUACCUCUGAUUUGGCACCUCACAGGCUGUCUCCCCGUGUGGCGGGCAGCCACUGCCUUCUCUGGGAAUACUGUGAAUGUUUACACUGGGACUGACACGCGGGCACAGGCCCUUUUCUCAAGCCCCAUGGGAAGCCACAUCCCUGGGUUUUUUGGGGGUGAGUGAACCUAUUCUGUGGGCUCAGAGCGCCCUCUGGAGGGAAAAGCUAGAGGUACAGGGCUUACGCGGGCCAGCAACUGCUGUUUCUGAAUUCAGUUUAAAUUCACACACUUUUUAACAAAGUGGUGAGAGCCUCGCAGUCGCCUCCCUGACCGUGAUUCCCCACUCGGUGUCCUUGUUCGUCCAGAGGCCCUUUUCCUGGGCUCUAGAGGGUCUGCCCGCCAUUUACCUGCUCCACCCUCACUGCUCAUCAGCGUUUCCUCUUUCUCAGUUCUCUACCAUUUUGGGUCCCAUUUGUCCCCCAUGCCAGGGUCCCAGCUCGCCCAGCACUAGGGCAGGGAGCCAGAGCCUGCCACCCCUCCCCAGGACUCCAGUGGCCUGGAGCCAGACGCAUCUGAUCCUUACCUGCAGUACCCGAGCAGCCACUGGGACCCCACGGCCCCAUCACACAGUGAUCGCACAGCCACUGGGACCCCAUGGCCCCGUCACACAGUGAUCGCGCAGCCACUGGGACCGCACAGCCCCGUCACACAGUGAUCACGCAGCCACUGGGACCCCUCGGCCCCGUCACACAGUGACCGCGCAGCCACUGGGACCCCUCGGCCCUGUCACACAGUGAUCGCGCUCUCUCUUACAGUGCGUUCUUCCUCCCCUGCCUUCCUCCCUCCCCCACACACCAGCGCCCCGGCCAUCCUGGGUGAGGAGCUACCAAUCAUGUCCAGAUGAAACGGAGUUACUGACGCUCACAUCCACGCACACCUGACCUUUGAUAAGCCUCACACCUGCUUCUCUUUGUCCAUCUGCAGUCUGUUGGUGAUUCUCACAUGUGGCUCAGGGUCCCCGCUGGAGCUGGGACUUGGCACUCUCUGGGUGGUUUAAUUCAUCACGUGCAUGUCCUUGGUUCUCUGUGAGGACCCACUGGGCCACCAGGGACCCUAGGCUGGCAGCAAGCAUGAGUCUGUCUCUUCUGCCUCAGGCAGCAUGGCUCUGGACGUCAGGAAGGACUGACCUGGGGACCCUCCGGGACUGCGAGGCCAGACCCCUGUCCUAGCCCUUUCCCUUUCCCCAGAAGUGUAAGUGUGAGGCCAGUCGGGCAGGAAGCCCUGGUUUCCUUUUCAUGCAUGAAAAGUAAAUUUGUACUUGAUAGUGCUGAAAAUACGAUCUUUUCCUUUUUGUACUCUCCCACCUUAACCUCCGAAUUUGAACCGAACAGGACUCUUUUGCUCCACUUGCUAUCCCCGCCGGAGGAGUGAUGCGUGCAUAGUCCUGGUCUCUCGUUUCCUGUUUCCCUUCAGUGGAAAAGUAAGAGAAGAGGCCAAAGAGGGAGAGGCUCUGCCCACACGAGGUGGGGAGGGGCGGCGAUCUGAGACCAGAUUGUUUCAUUCCCCAACUCACAAAUAAUUUACUUUCUCCCCUAAAAUUCAGGGUCUGAUCUCAGAGGUGGAAGUUGCAUUGCAAACUCAAUGGCUUGCCAGAAAAGAAAAAAUUUUUGUGUGUGUGUGUGAGUUCAUAGAAUAAAUAAUGAAACCAGGAUCCUCUUGAUUCAGGCUGCCCCUGUUAGUAGGGAAGCACAUGGCGGGCUUAGCUGAAGGUCCCCAAGGCUUGGCUGUGGGGAGAGGGGACACGUUUCCUGGCAGAUAACGGCACCACCUAGACCUCGCGAGCCUCUUCUGCCCCCUGCUGGCUGAGUGAGGGUUUGGCCUGGGAGAGCGUUCCCACAGAAUCGAGGGUGCGUAACCCACGUUCCUCAGCAGUCUGGCAGUCUGUCUGGUCACUUCUGGCAGUCUGUCUGGUCACUUUUGGAACAGGCGGAAGCCCAUGGAGAUUUUUCUGGUGGAUUUUUUCAAAUGUAUUUGCCUGAGAAUCAAAACUGCUGCUGUCUACCUAUAGCAUACCUAAUCUAUUAUUUAGAACAAUAAAUGCCUAGAUUUUAAAAAUCCAGCGUAACUAUAACUUCUCACAUAUUUAUUUUCUUUUAGGCCAUGGGACAGGAGAGCUGUAGCAUGUAGAGAAGGUGACACUAUUUAGAGUGAGGUGAAGUCUGGGAAGUCGGUGUGUGCCUUUGGGGAAGCUGGCCUGUUAGCCAGUGAACUCAGAAGCCAUGGCUGUCUUGGGGAGCCAUGCGGCAGCAAGCCCCACACCCUGAGACGACUCCUGUAGCCCCACACAGCAGCUCUACGAUUGUGAACUUCUUAGAAUAAAUCCCAUGCUUUCUGCAGCCCUGUCAUUGUAGGACCCCUAGGAACAAACCAUACCCUGAGGCUUGGGGUAUGAGGCCUUACAGGGGAAGAAGCUCACUUUCCCUAGGUCCGCAGAGAUCAAGUUUGGACUGCCCUGGGCCCAGGCCAGGCAGAAGGUGGCUCAGUUCCACAGUCUGGCAUUCAGACACUCAGCCCAGGAGCAGAACCGAAACCCUCCCACUCCCAGGCCAGCCUCUUCGCAGUGCGAAUGCUGGUCGGGUCCUGGCUGUUGUGAGGCCAAGGGGCAGGGCCUAGCCCAGGACUCAGGCAACCCGAGUCAUCCCGGGGGAGGCACUGAUGUGCCUGCGGAUUCCUUCGUGUGCGGUGGAAGGUGGCAGAUUGGUGAGUGAGGAUCUUCUCUCCUUAAAACUCACGCCAUCAGCAAGACUUAGCCUCGUGAGGUCUCAGUUCCACAUUCCCACGGGGGCCCACACAUUUGGCAUAGUCCUCAAUGAGGUGGCCACAGCCUGGGUCUCAUUUCUGCUUGGGGGGAGGCAAAGCGGGGGGAGGGCGGUGGCCAGCUUCUCCUUGGCCAAGUCAUGGCAGCAAAGAUGCAGGCAUGGCCUGGGGUGGGUCUGGUCCUAGAACUGGUCCCUGAUUCAGAUGUGAAGAGGAAUCUCUCAGCAGCAAUGAUGUGCCGUUGAUUAGAACUUUAAAUGCAAAAAAAGAGAAGAGGUCCCCUUGCUCCUUCCCCAUUCCCCCCAGAGAGCAGUCAUGUGUCUCUCCUGCUGGUUGGUGAGUAGGAAACCAAAUCUGAAACGUUCCUGAUACAGCAGCCAGAAUCACUAAGUCUUCUACCAGGAACCCGGUCUCCAACGCCCCAGGCCAUAUGUUUUAAAUGAAAACACCACAGAGUAAAGGCUUAGAGGGAAUGCAGUAGCCACACUCCUUCCAUUUAGGCCCCUGCCAUUUCUCACACAAAUGGAGUUAGAUAUUCAGGGUCUACCACUGUCACUGUCACGUGACAGAAAAAAGGACGACUUUCUAAUUUAACCUGGUCCACCUUUGUCCUCCCAGGCUGCUCUGCAUCAGCUGCCUGAUGUCCAGGUAAGAGCAUCCUUGAGGGCCCUGUGGCCCGUGACUGGAUGGGGAUUUGUGGGUCACCCGUGGGCCUGUCAGCCUCGUGGAAGAGCCAGGGAAGGGCCCGUUAGCCUGUCCCUGGUGCUGGCUUCUCACAGCCCCAGCCCCGCUCGGAGGAACCGCGAGGGCACACAAGGAGGGCACGUGGCCGGGGCGGUCUCCUUACUCGCUGGACGCUGUGAGGUUUGUCACUUAACAGAUUUAACGUUUACUCCUAACAGCUCCUGCAAGCUCGAUGUGUUCUCAGGGUGAAUCAGAACCUUGUAUUCUGUUAAGCAAUUUUCUUUGCAAAAUGAAGGAUUUUUUUUUUUUUUUAAGUACUGCUUUUUGAUUUGUUUUGAGAGCCAUUGGGACAGUCAGACUUAUUCUUUCUGUUCUCUUCCCGAUAAGCUGUGAGAAGCAUUUGUUAGGGCCCGGUUCCUCAGAAAGGAUUUGCUGUUCUUCUUGAUGGGGCUUUGGACUGUGGAGGGGAAGAUGGGU